CAAGGGGUAGGAGAGCUCAUGAUCAAGAUCUAUCAACAGGAUCAGAACCUAAAAGAAAAGAACCUCGCCAUCUGAGUUGCUUAAGUCCCCAUUCUAGAAUAUGACCUAAUGUAUGCGACGUGCCAAGUAGAUGUCUGAGUCGGAUAGUUCACGAUUUGGGAUGGAGGAUUAGGAAAGAGAUUGGGAUCCGAGAGACGAGAGUGAAGGGGGUGAUGAGGAUGAAGAGGCUGAGAUAGUAGGAGGAGAUGGCGGUCUUGUUGAUGAUGAGGUAGAUAUGGAAGAUGAGGUGGUAGCAGGGAGGAUAGGCCAAUAUAGCAUUGAUAAGGUAAAAAAUGAGAUGACCGAAGGUGAGCUUGAGCAUUUGAGGUUGGAGUAUGGGAUCCCAGACACCAUAAAGCUGAGGUUACUCAGGAAGGAUGAGAAGGCAAGUCAGCCCCCAGAUGGCUCGGUCUUGAUACAUCCAGGGUUCUUUAAAUGUGGGUUUAGGUUGCCCCUCCACCCGUAUGUCCAUAAAUUCCUUAGAACCUUAGGGUUGGCUCCCAUGCAAAUCAACCCAAAUGUCUAUAUAGCCUGGUUGAGCAUGUAUGUGUUAUGGAAGCAACUAGGGCUUGGUGAGCCUUCCUUUGCUCAGUUCGCAAACCAAUAUUGUCUGAAGAAACAUCCAGGUAGCAUAGGGUGGUGGUAUGUCUGUGCUUUCAUGAAUAUAGAAGGUGCCUUGAUAACAAAUAACUCUUCAAAGAAAGCUUGGAAAAACAAGUAUUUCUUUGCCUCAGGGAAUUGGAAGUUUAGAGAGGGAGAUGUGGGCUCUGGCGCUCGAGUUCAGACUUGCUUUCGUCGAGCAGAUAGGUGGGCCAGACCUUCCAUUUGAGGUCUGAAGUUGGAGCAGAUCGUGAAAGUUCGAGCUGAGAGAAGCCCCUUCCUUGGACAUGGGGGGGUCUAAUGGUGGGUGAGGUGAAGAUGGGCACCUAUGAGGUUGAUGCGCACGAUGAGACCGUGAUGGGAGGUGUUCAUGGGGAUGACGCUUCUCUGACUUGAUCGGGCUAGACUGGCCUUUUUGUAUACCCCACGUGGAGUGCUAGUAUGACGAUCAUCCAUGGAGUUCAGGAGUUAGUACUCCUUUUGUUAUGCCUUAAUUAUAUCUGUUUUGAGACAUUUGUGUUGUUUAUUUUGUCGUCACUCUGUGAUCAUGGUGGUUGUUCGAUGUAUUUUGUUGGACCUUGGUCUUCAUUGUAUUAUCUAUGUAUGCCUCCACAUAUGUUG